AUGGACCCGUACCACCACCACCACCAUCACCAUCAUCAUCAUCCUAACCAGGCGGCGCCAUCGGCGCCACCGUUCGAAUCUUCCUCUUCGGCAAUCUCGGGUCGACCUUAUGAGCGGUCCACUAGAGUCCCUGUACGAGUCGCUGGUCGUCAUCAACCGCCUGUGGGGCCCGGUCCACCUCAGGCAAUGCAAUUCCCUCUUCAAACAAACUUCACUCGGGCAUAUGACUCCGAAUCCACUUCUCCUGGUGAAGCAGGAGCACCGGUAGCAGACCCCUUUGUGCAGGGUAGCACAUCGGCUGCCAGCACCACUCCUGGCUCAGGAGGCACUCCCAACCCCAAGAGGGCGUAUCGACAGCGACGCAAGGAUCCAAGUUGUGACGCAUGUCGAGAACGAAAAGUCAAAUGCGAUGCUACGGAAACCACAAGCUGCUCAGAGUGUUCCAGCAGAAACGUUAGGUGUCAAUUCACAAAGGAGACCAACAGGCGGAUGUCCUCAAUCAAGCAAUUUCAGGACCUUGAGAGACAGCUCCAGCACGCCCGACAACAAGUAGCCCACUACCGAUCGCUCGUGCCCAAGGGUGCACCCGCGAUGGAACUGGAACUGGGCAGUCCUCCGUAUCACGGGGCAGAAUUGCACCCAGUGGGCUCGCCUCCUCCACGACGCAAGAAGGCUGCGAUGCUCAGAGACUUUUCGCAAGUGAGAGCUAACUUAACAGACUACGGUCGCGGUCUGUUACAGAUACCAUCGCCCUACCGAGUGGCCGUUCCGCCAAGCAGCAAGCCAUUGGAAAUGCCCGAUCUGCCUCCGAGGCAUAUUGCAGAUCGUCUCCUUGCCUCGUACCACGAAAACUUUCACUUGCACUUUCCGGUACUCCAUUGGUCCACCUUUGAGAGCGAAUGUGAUGAAUUAUAUGGGACCAAGUCAUUAGCAUCUCUCGGCAAUGCAUGGGGUGCAGUGUUCCUAUGUGUCCUUGCUUGUGGAAGUCUGCAUACUCUAGGCCCGAGCUGGGCUCAAGACGGGAAAGCCUUCUUGACGACAGCAAUAGGGAUGACAAGUGGAUGGCAGGAUGAAUUCUCGAUUGAGGAUGCCAGGAUGGCAUUUCUGACUGGAGUCUUCCUUACCGAGCUCAAUCUGAAGUCUGCAGGUUGGGUCUGGCUCGGCUCCGCCGUCCGAAUAUCACAAGACAUUGGUCUACACGUUGAAAGUGGACCAUGGUCUCCAGUGGAAGGUGAGAUGCGAAGGCGUCUCUGGUACUGUAUCUACGUAUGGGAUAGAAUACUGGCCCUUGAGCUCGGCAAGCCGUUGCUCAUCAAAGACGAAGAUUAUGACACUGAAUAUCCGGAACCUGCAGAUGACGAACAGAUCACCCCUGGUGGCGUUUAUCCUACCGGACAGUCAACGCCACUUCUAGCCAUGGUCAACGUGGUGCGAUCCUUUGAAUCACUCAACCAAAUUUUCAAGUCACCAUACAUAUCACCAGAGAUUCUUCAAUCACGCGAAGAGUAUCUCCAUUCGUGCUUUUCUAUGUUUCCAAAGGGCUUUCAACCUUCCGCGGUGAAGCCACUCGAUCCUCGGACCGUUGCACCCCUGAUCUGCUUGCAGAAUGCACGUCUUAUACUGCACCGCCACAACCUGACCCCUGUGAGCCCUCCUGAUCUGCGAUUGCAGGCGAUAGACAAAUGUGUCAUGGUUGCUCGAGAUUCUGCCUCAACAAUAGCACGGUGUCUCGAUCCUGCCUUGUACCCCGAGCACGAGCUGACUGAACGGUCCCGCUUGUUAGCGGCAUCUGCAUCGACAUUACUUUGUGUGCACAUAUGGCGGUGCUUGUUGUUUCUGUUGUUCCGUGCCGAGUAUCGUCCGGCAAUUGCCUUGGUCCAAGCAGCUUCUGUCAUUGGGGGAGCUCGACGAGUCAAUCUAUGCUGUGGUCGACACUUGGAGUUCUUCCUCCGAGUGCUAUAUUCUCGACUACAACAAGGGCACUCUGGGGAUUUUGACGACGACGAGGAGAUAAUUGCGUAUGUUUCGGGCGACUUACAAUCCAACCCAGAUACCAGCUGGGUUUGGCAAGCAAGAGAGACGGGUCUGGACUCGGGCAACCUCGCAAAGAGUGCACCAGGACUGUCGUCAUACGAUCAGACGCAGUCUAGUCCAAUCAACAAGAUCGACAGUCUUGGGCUUACCGACUUGGAAGCACAAGAUUGGGGAGGCUGGGACCAGGUGGAAAGCCGUGUCCAAUUUCUACAUGAACGACACCAAAGCCAGCGGCGAAAAGCCCAGACGGCACCUCAGCAACAAGCAUCAGUCAGCCCGCCAAGCGACACCUCACGAAUGACGAUUGCAAACAUCAUUUAG